CGUUAGGCGGCGGCGCAGUCGCGUUGAGCUCCUGAAUAGGAAGAUGGCGGCCAGAGCCCCAGCCAAGGCAACAAGCAGUUUGCUACAAAGCCUACAAAAGUGGUACUAUAAUGCUGCAGGAUUCAACAAAUAUGGACUCGUGCGGGAUGACACACUGUAUGAAGAUGAUGAUGUGCAAGAAGCUAUAAAACGAUUACCUGAAAACCUUUACAAUGAGCGAAUGUUCCGCAUAAAGCGAGCUUUGGAUUUGAGCCUGAAGCAUCAAAUCCUUCCAAAGGAGAUGUGGACAAAAUAUGAGCAGGAUGUACGCUAUCUAGAACCAUAUCUCAAAGAAGUUAUUGCUGAACGAAAGGAAAAAGAAGAAUGGAAUAAGAAGUGAUUUGUUGCUUUAAUUUUUAACUUCUGUUUGUGUUACUAUCUCAAAAUGCAAAUUUAAAGCCCAUUAUUUUGUAAUUGGCCAUUGGCUGCAGUCACAAUAACAAUUUCCUUCUUGAAUAAAUAAAUUGUGCUGUAAACUAUGGAAAUGCAAUUUUUGUUUUGUUUGUACAGAAUAAUUUAAAACUCAUUUCCUGAUUUCUUUUGUCAUAGUUUUACUCGUGUGUAAAUUUGAAAGAAAUAAAAUGAAAUUUUGCCUUCA